ACCGUGAGAGCUACCCAAUUCAAGACUGAUGGCCUCAUGAUGAGCGGUUCAACUAACCAGCUUGGGCGGCAUUAAUCUUCUGCAACUGCAAAGAUCCCUUCACCAAGGCUGACACGCUGGGGGGGCCCAGGACCUUUUUGCUAGCACACUCCACCACCACACACCAACCAUGUCAGCCCUAGGACGCUAGUCAGAAGCCGUGGCUGAGCUACCUUUUCUAGGAGGCAGCUCUACCGUGAAGCACCGCACUCGGAAAGUAUUCUGCUUGCCGGGUUUGUCCAGUCCAGAGUUGUACAAGUUGCACAGCCAGCUUGUGAGACAUAGCGUCGGUGCCAAUGCGGUAGCUGCAUGCAACCAAGGGAUGAUUUUCCAUCAUGUUUCUGAGCUCGAGGCGUCAGACGGCUUCUAGCUAGGCUCCCCUGUUGCCUGUCCUGUCGUUGAAAUGAAGGGCGACCUAGCUAACGUGGAGGCUUAGAGCUGAAGCUCUGAGAGGAGAGGGCUUGCUUGUGAUACGCCAGUCUGAAACGAAAGGCGAGUACCGUGCCGAGACUGUUGAUUGUCCGUACGAGUUUCUCUCAUAAGGCGCCGUUGCCGUCCUCUUGGCCGUUGUUCUUCUUCCUCCUCCUCCUUCCUUCAACCCACACUCUUUCUUCUUGGCUCAAAUUCUGUUCAACUAUAAAUCAAUUACUUGGCCAAUUGACUCACGCAUCAUUCACAAUGGCCCAGCAGUACUCUCAGGGACCUAAUGUCCAGAACCAGGAAUGGCAGAACAACCUCUGCAAUUGCUCGCCCUGCGACUCUUGCCUGCUCGGCACUUUCUGCCCCUGCAUCCUCUUGGGUAAAACCGCCGAUCGUAUGAGAGACCCUACUAUGCAGACUGCCGAUACCUGCAACAGCGAUGCUCUUAUAUUCUGCGCGAUCAACUGUGUGACUGGCUGUGGUUGGAUUUACUCCAUGAUGAAGCGUGGUGAAAUCCGUGAGCGAUUCGGCAUCAAGGGCAGUGGCAUGAACGACUGCUGCGUCAGUUACUGGUGCCUUUGCUGUGCUCUUAUCCAGCAGGACAACGAAGUCAAGUCUCGUCUCUCACAGGGGCCUAUCACCCAGGGCUACCAAGCUCAGAAGGAGGGUAUGCACAUGCCGACAUCUCCUCCUGCUCAGCAGCAGCAAUAUCAUGAUCAGAAGCCCAACCCUCAGCAGCAGGCCCCUCAGCCCGAUUAUCAGCUUCCUCAGCACGGUUACCACUCUCCUCAGCCUCAGGGAUCCUACCCUCCACCUCAGCAGACUUACAACCCUCAGCAGCCCCAGUAUUAGGCCAUUCGACCAGGGAGUGUACAGCAAGAUGGAGCCUCACACCGAUAUGACACCACAAAAAGAGAGAAAUACAUUUGAAGGGGGCGAUCAGAGAAAUAUCUGGCAUGUGAAUUGACUUUGAGCGCGGACGGGUACGCGCCAACGGAUUAUACCUAUAUACCCAGUGACGAAGACGGUCAUUUCUUAUUUAUAUUAUAUUUAUUUCGAUGUAUUAUUUGCUUCAAUGAAUAAUCUACUGUUCACCUUUCAGUCACAUAUGAAAGCGUCACACUUCUUCUCCCAUUCUCUUUUGAAUUGCCUAGUUCGGCGAAGGAAAAUCAGCAGACAAUAUUAAUGAAACUCUAAAAAAAAAAAACCUUCACGCUUCAGCUCGAGAGACCCUUGCAAGCUAUCAUUUAUGAUUCCACUUGACCUUCCCCUUCGAGGUAUGGUUUUGUUUCGCUAUGUAAUGAUGCUUCCCGGGAUUACGGUCUGUGCACUUUGAUAUUUCGGCGAUUUCCAUGUUACAGAGCUAUUCCGAUGCUCGGAAUCACAGCUUGUGAGAUCAGAGUGGGGAUUAUCAGAUGUAAGCCAUACUAAGCGAUACUUGAGAAUUUACUGGUACAAUCGCUCAAUGAUAUAUACACUUACGGACUGGUGCUGACGUUAAUCUCCCCUUCUGAUCCUCGCAAGAUGUAUCACAAUUCGGACAGACCGGCAGCACUUCAGUAUCCUGGGGGUAUCAAUAAAAAUUUCAUUCAUGAUCUCUGUCCCUGUCGUUUUUUCAGACUGACAGCAAAACGCCCACGCCGCACCUCUAUAGUGGUUGGACAAACGCCUAUUCAGAUCUACGGUUAUAGAGGCCCUUUACCCUCAACCCAAAUCAAACCCUUCUGAAUCUUGUGCCCAAAUCCCCAAUGCAAUUGAAUGCAUAUAAACAAACCAGUCCAUUUUUCCGAAUCCCUUUCCAUCAUCCCAUCAUUUUUUCCAAGCAUAUAUCAUUACGCAUAAAGCUUCUUCUCAUAAGACUCCAUGUUGACGUUGCCCUCCAACUGGGCGCUGGCUGUUCGAAGCUCGAAGCGCAGCUCACCAGCCUCGGCACUCUCGUGCAUAGUCUUAAGGCUGGUCAUACCACUGUCCUGGAGAGAGUGCUUGAGACCAGCAGCGAGAUAGGGAACAAACUUGUUGAUCGAACUAUUGCAUGUUAGCAUUCACGGUUCCAUUCGGCUUUGGGUUAUGACUUACCCUCGGUGAGCAACAGCGCCAGAAACACCCUGAGCAACCAGGACGCUAUCACCCUCAGAAAAGUAACGGGCAGUACCAGCAUUGCUCUUCUGGCUGUCCUUACCACCGUUGCCGGCCUUCUUGUCCUGCAUAGCAUCGAUACUUCCCAUGCCUCGGUAAGCCUUGACGAGCUUACCCUCGCGGGAGACGAAAGAGGUGCCGGGAGACUCAGUGGUACCAGCCAAGAGACCACCCAUCAUGAUGGUAGAAGCACCCAGAGCAAGGCCCUUGACGAUGUGGCCAACGUUCUGGAUACCACCAUCGGCGAUACAAGGAACACCGAAGCGGGCAGCGAACCGGCUGACGCUGUAGACAGCGGCAGCCUGAGGACGGCCGACAGCCAUAACCUCCUGAGUGAUACAGGCAGAACCACUGCCCAUACCGAUUCGGAGACCGUCGACACCAGCAGCGAUCAGAGAAGCAGCCUGCUCUCGAGUCACGACGUUUCCGCCAAUGACGUCGACACCAGGGAACUCACUCUUCACCCACUUGAUCAUCUCAAUCUGAUACAUGCUGUUACCCUGAGAGCUGUCAAGGAUAACGAUGUCAAGGCCAGCGUCAACCAGCUUCUUGAGGCGAAGCUUGUCCUCGGGGCGAGUGCCAAUGGCAGCAGCGCAGAGGAGCUGCUUGCUGUCGGGAAGCUUGGAGGCAUUGGGGAAGUGCUGGUUCUUGGUCAAAUCGGAGCGAGAGAUCAUAGAGACCAGGUUGAAGUCCUUGUCGACAAUGGGCAGCUUGCCCUUCUUGGACUUGGAAAGACUCUUGUUGGCUUCGAGGAGAGUGACGUGCUCGGGAGCAGUGACAAGGUCAGUAACCAUGACAUUGGAGACGGGCUGGUCAAGGUCCUCCUCGAACUGGAGGUCUCGGUUGGUAACAAUACCAAGCAGCUUGGAACCAAGCUUGCCGUCGGCUAAAUUUUUUCUUGUCAGCCCAAUAUUCUUGUGCGGGGCAAUGCGACCAUAGAUGACAAAACAACGAGUUGUGGUGUGAUUGAUCAUAGUAAAUAAAGUCCCCAUGACAAUAGUCUAUACGGUGGAACGAAAGUUAUAUAAAAGGGUGUAUAAUCAUGCAAUCUUGUGAGAGGUGAG